AUGUUGAAAUCCGCCUGCCUGGCGAGCCUGCUGGCCGCCGCCACCCCGGCACUGGCAAACACGGAGAAGGCCAUCUUCCUCGGGCCCCGGGCGGCGGCCCACGCGACGCCGCUGCUUGGCGGCAGCGAGGAUCUGGCCGUGCCCGUUCUCACCCCGGAGCACGGGGCCAUACGGACGCACCUGGAGGCUCGGUUUCCGAGCGACGCGGCCCCCUUCGGCAAGGUCACCUGGAUCGGCCUUGAAGACCUGGCCGAGGGCCAGCGGUAUGAGGUCCGGGUCUGCUGGGCAGCUACUCAACCCACCGAGUUUCGUCUUGAUACUUAUGAGACUGACGCCGUAUAUGGCGACCUGGAACUACGAGACGAGUUCCACUCUAGCGCUCGGGAGUAUGUGGGCUCGCGCGCAGAGGAGCGCCCAGGGAGUACACAACCGUCGGGCCGCAAACCUGGCCAAGAGACUUCGGUUCUCUAUCUGCGGAUUCUAGCUGCCGCGGACUAUUAUACGACCAACAAGACGCUCAUGAAUGAUGUCCCUCCAGUGCUUGUGGAUAUCAUUCUCGACCCAUUUGUAUUCAACGUGCUCCCCCGAUCACUGGUACCCACGGUGGGCUACAUCAUCGUGGUAACCGCUCUGUCGUGGUUCUUGGCACGGCGGAUCUCAACUUGGGUUCGUGCGGUGGCUACGGUAGAUGAGGACAAGAAAGGCCAAUGA